ACCCGGCCAGACAGAUUUCCUGCUCCUCUGGAGGACUGCGGGCUGUGGGGCUGUGGGGCUGCGGGCUGUGGGCUGCUGGAGACGGGAGAACUCGCCGUUGGCGCGAGGACCUCGCUGCCCCCGCGCGGCCCCACGACCCUCCCUCGCACCGGCGCGAACAGCGGGCGCCCCGGAGCGGAGCGCGGCGGGCGGGCGCCCGGGAGAUGCGGAGUCGCCGCGGCGGCGCGAUAGGGGCGACAGCACCGGUCCCUGGGAGACUAUAGCCCUCAUUUUCCCUUGGUGUGCCAUGGAGCCCUUUUGUCCACUCCUGCUGGCCAGUUUUAGCUUGUCACUCGCCAGAGCUGGCAACGACACCACUCCAACAGAGAGCAAUUGGACCAGCACAACUGCAGGCCCUCCAGACCCUGGUACCUCCCAGCCACUGCUCACCUGGCUGCUGCUGCCUCUGCUCCUCCUCUUGCUCCUCCUCGCAGCCUACUUCUUCAGGUUCAGGAAGCAGAGGAAAGCCGUGGUCAGCAGCAACGACAAGAAGAUGCCUAACGGGAUCCUAGAAGAGCAAGAGCAGCAGAGAGUGAUGCUGCUGAGCAGGUCUCCGUCGGGUCCCAAGAAGUACUUCCCCAUCCCGGUGGAGCACCUGGAGGAGGAGAUCCGUGUGCGAUCAGCAGAUGACUGCAAACGCUUCCGUGAGGAGUUCAAUUCGUUGCCAUCUGGACACAUACAAGGGACGUUUGAUCUAGCAAAUAAAGAAGAAAACAGAGAAAAGAACAGAUAUCCCAACAUUCUUCCCAAUGACCAUUCCAGAGUGAUUUUGAGCCAAGUGGACGGAGUCCCCUGCUCUGACUACAUUAAUGCAUCCUACAUAGAUGGUUACAAAGAAAAGAACAAAUUCAUAGCAGCUCAAGGCCCCAAGCAGGAGACAGUGAAUGACUUCUGGAGGAUGGUCUGGGAGCAGAAGUCAGCCACGAUCGUCAUGUUGACGAACCUGAAGGAGAGGAAGGAGGAAAAGUGCUACCAGUACUGGCCAGACCAGGGCUGCUGGACCUAUGGGAACAUCCGUGUGUGCGUGGAGGAUUGCGUGGUUCUGGUGGAUUACACCAUCCGCAAGUUCUGCAUCCAUCCGCAACUCCCCGAGAGCUGCAAAGCCCCGCGGCUGGUCUCACAGCUCCACUUCACCAGCUGGCCUGACUUCGGGGUACCUUUCACCCCCAUCGGAAUGUUGAAGUUCCUGAAGAAAGUGAAGACACUCAACCCCUCACAUGCCGGGCCCAUUGUGGUCCACUGCAGCGCGGGCGUGGGACGGACGGGCACUUUCAUUGUGAUCGACGCCAUGAUGGACAUGAUACACUCAGAACAGAAGGUGGAUGUCUUUGAGUUUGUGUCUAGAAUCCGCAAUCAGCGCCCUCAGAUGGUCCAGACAGAUGUACAGUAUACAUUCAUCUACCAAGCCUUACUGGAAUACUACCUCUAUGGGGACACCGAGCUGGACGUGUCCUCCCUGGAGAGGCACCUGCAGACACUACAUAGCACAGCCACCCAUUUUGACAAGAUCGGGCUGGAGGAAGAGUUUAGGAAACUGACCAACGUGCGAAUCAUGAAGGAGAACAUGAGGACGGGCAACCUGCCAGCCAACAUGAAAAAGGCCCGUGUCAUCCAGAUCAUCCCAUAUGACUUCAACCGGGUGAUCCUCUCCAUGAAAAGAGGACAAGAGUAUACAGACUAUAUCAACGCGUCCUUCAUAGACGGCUAUAGGCAGAAGGACUACUUCAUGGCCACACAGGGGCCCCUGGCUCACACAGUCGAGGACUUCUGGAGGAUGGUGUGGGAGUGGAAGUCACACACAAUCGUCAUGCUGACUGAGGUGCAGGAGAGGGAGCAGGAUAAAUGCUAUCAGUAUUGGCCAACGGAGGGCUCGGUGACACAUGGCGAUAUAACCAUAGAAAUAAAGAGUGACACCCUGUCUGAAGCCAUCAGCAUACGGGACUUCCUGGUUACUUUUAAACAGCCCCUGGCCCGCCAGGAAGAGCAAGUCCGCAUGGUGAGACAGUUCCAUUUCCAUGGCUGGCCUGAGGUUGGAAUCCCAGCCGAGGGCAAAGGCAUGAUCGACCUCAUCGCAGCCGUGCAGAAGCAGCAGCAGCAGACCGGCAACCACCCCAUCACCGUGCACUGCAGUGCGGGAGCAGGGCGGACAGGUACGUUCAUAGCACUCAGCAACAUUUUGGAGCGAGUGAAAGCCGAGGGACUCCUCGAUGUGUUUCAAGCUGUGAAGAGUUUAAGACUUCAGAGACCACACAUGGUGCAAACCCUGGAGCAAUAUGAAUUCUGCUACAAAGUGGUACAAGAUUUUAUUGAUAUAUUUUCUGAUUAUGCUAAUUUCAAAUGAAGAUUCCUGCCUUAAAAUGUUUUUAAUUUAAUGGUCAGUAUAUUUUGUAAAAAGAAAUAAUGUUAAUUUAUUUCCUAGUGGACAUUAAUAUCCUUCCUAAUUCCUUUGUAUAUAUUUUGUUAUGUUCUAAAGGCUAUCUGCUGUAAGGUUAUUAUUAAGUCUUAAAUGUCCUUUUUUUAAAAAAUGGGAAUAAUUGUUAAGGUCAAAUACUAUCUGGGAAGAUAUAUAUUUCUGCUAAUAUCAGUCAAUAUCUUAAUUCUGUAAGAUUCACAUCAUGCGAUGUCACAUGUCAUGCAUCUGUAAAUGUAGCUCUUAAUAUGUCAAAUGUGUUUGUGAAAGACACUAAACAUGAAGCCCCUUGUGGAGGAAACCGUUGAGGACUCAGAAUCAGGACACAUUUACUCUCCCUGACAGCUGUUGCAUCCAUCCAGGGCAUCGGGGUGUGACAAACAGUACAGAUGGAGGCAUUGGGACAGUUCUAGGUCUCAGUCCUGUGUCUCAUCUUUACAUUUGAAAGAUCAGAGGAGGAGCCGGGUAUGGCAGUGUGUACCUGUGUCUCUAGCACUUGAGGGGCUGAAGCAUGAGGACUGCCUUCAGGCCCAGGCCAACCUGGAUUCUGUCUCGAAAACAUACAUUAAAAAUAAAAUUCAGAUCUUGCCACCUAAAUCUGGGUCUCAGACCCACAAGGGUAGAUGGUGGCUUUCCAGUGAAUUUUUACAGCCGUUUAUUUAUGAAAGGCUGUGUCUGCCACUGGAGACUCAAUGAGAAGAGAUGCUGGUCCCAGGACAUCCCGUCUCACAGGCCCGCAGUAUCCCUACACUAGCCCUCAGAGCUGUGUUCCUGAGCAACCACUUGUCUAUCUGCCUGUGAGUCUGGCUCAGAAUCCAGCCAAAUUCAUUCCCAGUGUCCCUUCCACUGGCUCAGCUUCCUGUGCUGACAUCAACUGAGCCCACAGGCUCAAUGCAAAACUUCUUCCUAGCCUGGUCUACAGAGCUAGUUCCAGGACAGGCUCCAAAGCCACAGAGAAACCCUGUCUCGA